AUGGGUGAGGCGGCUGCGCAGUACAACCCAGAGCCCCCGCCCCCUCGCACCCAUUACUCCAACAUCGAGGCCAAUGAGAGUGAGGAGGUCCGGCAGUUCCGGAAGCUCUUUGCCCAGCUGGCUGGGGAUGACAUGGAGGUCAGUGCCACAGAACUCAUGAACAUUCUCAACAAAGUCGUGACCCGACAUCCUAAUCUGAAGACUGAUGGUUUUGGCAUUGACACAUGUCGCAGCAUGGUGGCCGUUAUGGAUAGUGACACGACCGGCAAGCUGGACUUCGAGGAAUUCACGAACUUGUGGAACAAAAAGUGGCAGGCCAUAUACAAACAGUUUGACAUUGCCUGUUCAGGGACCAUUGGCAGCAGUGAACUCCCAGGGGCCUUUGAGGCAGCAGGAUUCCGCCUGAAUGAGCAUCUCUACAACAUGAUCAUCCGACGCUACUCAGAUGAGGGAGGGAACACUGAUUUUGACAACUUCAUCAGCUGCCCGGUCAGACUAGAUGCGAUGUUCCGUGCCUUCAAAUCUCUUGACAAAGAUGGCACUGGACAAGUACAGGUGAACAUCCAGGAGUGGCUGCAGCUGACCAUGUAUUCCUGAACGGGAGUCCCAGACCUGCCCCCCUCAUCGCCUCGCUGUAGGAGUCACCUUGGACUCUUCAGUCUCCCCCAGGCCUGAUCCUGUUUGCAGGCACAUCUUCAUGGCUCCUGCUGACCCACAGGCCUUUCUGUUCUCCCAGCCCUUGGCACCUGGAUUCUCAGUCAAGAGCCAGGGCCCGACAUGCUUCAACACACCCUGCCCCAGCACGCCCAUCUCACAUCUACUCCAUAACCCCUCUCUUGCAUCUGUGCCAAGCCC